GUGAUUGUUCUUGCUCAUUGGAUAUUGUGUAUUCUUGACAUUAAGAUGAGAUGCUUAAAAGUGUUGAAUUCUAUGAGGUUUGGGAGGUACAAGAACAACUCAGAGAGUUUUGUUCGUGCAUUUGCUGUAAUAAUUCCUAUCUUACUGUCACAUGUUAAUUUCUAUGAGGGGAGAAAAGAUAUUGACAGGAGUAGUAAGCACUGGCAAGGUAAAAAAGAUACUGAUGCGUUUGAUAUUGUCGUGGUUGAUAAUUUGCCACAACAAGAGGAUAGUGAUUGUGGUGUUUUUAUCAUAAAGUAUGCUCAUUUCUUCAUGCAUGGAUUGAUUGAUAAGAUUCCUAAGAAGUUGGACAUUGCAUUCACUCGUAAGAAGUUGUGUGUUGAUCUGUUUGUUCAUGCAAAGAAGAAGGAGUUGGGUGGGUACGAGUCUACUUCGGAGCAUCCAGGAAGGAUGCCAUAGUUUUAUGUAAUAGAACAACAUGUUGGAAACCUAGUUUACAUUUUUUUGAACUUUAUGUGUAUUUUUAUGUCAUGUUGUUUUGUUUUUAGGUUUAUGUUUGUGUUUGUUUAAGAAACUGUUUGGAACAGUAAUAUUUUAGGAGACUCUUGCCUAUUUUAAUUUUGAAGUAACCUUUUGGUUUACUGGCACA